GUGGGGCGAGGGAUGUGUACGCGCAUGCGCGGGCGCCACACUUGCUCGCUUUCCUCUCCUGUGUUGUCCGCGGGGGAGCGGAGCGGUGUGGUGGCGGAGCGGUUGAGGGGCAGGGGAGGCUCCCCAGCGCUCAGGACACCCGAGUAGCAGCCCUGUGGGAAGACGCCAUCGCGUCCUGUCCCACCUCAGGGCAGUGGAAAUUGCGUGGGCUGUCAGUGUGUGUGAGCCAGACUGCGUGGCAGACACGAUGGGCUUGUUCAUAGCUAUUAAUGUGCGUUAAGUGUACAGCGUCCUCGGGAGGGAAAGUGGAGGGGCAGGCACUCUCUGGCGACCAGUGACGGGACCCGAGGGCAGGACAUGAAGUCAGGAGAGGUUUAGGGUUGGAUGUUUAAAAAAAAGGUUCUUUCCCCCAGAGGGUGGUUGGGAACUGGAACAGCCUCCCCGGGAAAGUGGUCACUGCACCGGCCUGACAGAGCUCAAGAAGCAUUUGGACAAUGCUUUUCAGGCACAGGGUGACUCUUAGGAUUGUCCUGUACAGGGCCAGAAGUCAGACUCGAGGAUCCUUGUGAGUUCCUUGUAAUUCAGUGUAUUCUGUGAUUCUGUAACAUGAUUUGCAUAGGAGUAGUUAAUGAACUUUGUCCCAUAUUCAAGCCAUGUCUUUCUUCCCUAUAUUUUUCUUUGCUCAGGGAACAACAAAAAUGGCCAACCAAGAAGAAGCAGAGAUACAAAUUUCAGAGUUAGAUUUACUGUCUAGCAUGUUUCCUUAUGAGGAAGAGUUUGCUGUCACAGACCAACUGGCUCUAGCUGAACUGAAACACUAUGUUGAAAAUGAGUCUGCAGAGGUGCCAUCUUCAAAAGUUCAGUUUAUACUGAAUGUAAAGAAAGAGGUGCCUAAUGCCUCUACGGUGGAAUUCUCUAUGGCCUGUGCUUUACCAUUUAAAUAUCCAGCUGUUCUCCCAGAAAUUACUGUGAGGUCAUCAUUAUUGAGCCGCUCUCAGCAGAUUCUCCUAAACUCUGAUCUAAAAAAGUACUUGAUGCAAAACUUCAGUGGCGAGCCCUGCAUGCUGAGUGCGAGGGAAUGGGUGAAAGACCAUGCAGCUGGUUACAUUGACAAAGAUCUUUCAUCCUUCCCAAUGACAGCCUCAGAUGCCACAAAGCCAGAAGUCACCAUGUUCACUCGAUUGUGGAUCUACAGUCAUCACAUUUACAACAAGCAAAAAAGAAAAAAUAUUGUUGACUGGGCCAAGGAGCUCUCUCUGUCAGGGUUUUGCAUGCCAGGGAAACCAGGUGUUGUUUGUGUAGAAGGUUUACAAAGUAGUUGUGAAGAGUUCUGGUCAAGGAUAAGAAGAUUAACAUGGAAAAGAAUCCUUAUUCGGCACAGAGAAGAUGUUUCUUUGGAAGGUGGAGGACAUGCUGAGAUCCAGAAGCAACGGAAGUUCCCCACUUUGGAAGAAAAAUGUUUUGAUGCACAUGGUGCUCGGGGAAAUCAUAUGGACUUAGGGCAACUAUAUAAUUUUUUAGAAGAAAAAGGAUGUGCUGACAUAUUUCAAAUGUACUUUGGGGUUGAAGGGCAUUCAAGGAGUUGAAGAACAGCAGAGACACCAGCAGCUACAUUUCUAAUGUAAUCUUAACAGAUUCCUUAGCUUUUCUGCAACAGUUGAUCAGAGCGGGAAUUAAUAAUUCAUGAUUCAUGUGAUGAAGCCAGUUUUCAAUAUAAACAAAUAUCCAGCGAAAUCCUAAAUAAUGAAAAUGACUAUAUGAAUCCUUUAUGCACUUUCUGGUGUUAAGAAGAUUUAGGAUACAUACCUACACAAAAUGAAAGAAAAUGUGUUUGGUAACCUACUGGACAGUUACAGAAUUGUAGAUGGAUGAACAGAUGGAAUAUGGUGAAUGAAUAUACAAAUAAGAAAAGACAAAAUUGCAGUGUGGGUCUCUCAGGAGUGAGAACACAAUGUUUACAUUAAUUGUUACUGUUUACAGACGCUUCAUGAAAACUUCUUUUCUAAACAGUCUUCUACUUUCAACUUGAAAGUUUAGUAAGCCAUGAGAUCAUUAUUUUAUUUAAAAAAAAAAAAAAGAACAAAGGGAGGGAGCAAGUUUACAAGAGUCUUACUCAUGCUACCAAGAUGAAUUAGGAUGCCUACUCUAAGGCAUAAGAAUUUUCUGUAGGUAAAAGUGUGUGUGCAGGUAAGACAGAUACCAUGGUGCCUCCACUCCAUCUGUUAUUUUGGUUUGUGUAAAAGCAGCAGUGUACCAAGGAUCGGGUUCCCUUACAGCAUGCUCAAAAACUCUGAAACGAUCCUCAGCCUUCUGAGUUCCCAAGUUUUCAGUCCUGUAGUAUGAAGUGCAUUAUGUUGCGUGUGUUUUUGAGUGGGAUUUCAACAAAGUUGUAUCAAUGAAUGCUAAUUUUGCAGAUACUGUAUAUAAAUCCCGUGGUAGAAAAAACAGACAUUGGUUUCUUUUGAUUAAAUAUUUUUAUUAAAUAUUGA